UGUUUCUUCAGGAAAAGGUUCGGGCCCAUUUGAAGAUGCUGAGGGAAGACAGAGAAAAGCUCCUAGGAUUUAAAGUGAGUGGAGAAAAGAGAAGCCAGGAAUAUCUGAGAAAUACACAAACCGAGAGGCAGAAGAUUAUGUCUGAAUUUCAGCAACUGCGGCAGUUCCUGAAGGAACAAGAGCGACUCCUGUUGGCUCAGCUGGAGAAGCUGGACAAGGAGAUUGUGAAGAUACAGAAUGAAAAUGUCAGUAAAGUAUCUGAGGAAAUUUCCCGUCUCAGUGACCUGAUCAGCGAGCUGGAGGGGAAGUGUCAGAAGCCAGUGAGUGAAUUGUUGCAGGAUGUCAGAAGCACCUUGAGCAGGUACGUGGCUCUCUCUCACUCCUCCUCACUCUUCUCAAUGCUGGGAAAGAGCUUGGAGAUGCUACACUCUGCCGUCUGCACUGGUGACAAAAACAGGAGGAUCCCAAGGAACAUUCAGAGAGGUGUGACUCUGGAUCCAGACACGGCUCAUCCCGAACUUGUCCUGUCUGAGAAUGGAAAAAGUUUGAUACGGGCAGACACACGGCAGCGACUGCCCAACAACCCUGAUAGAUUUGACACUCGUCCCUGUGUGCUGGGCUGUGAGGGAUUCACCUCGGGGAGACAUUGCUGGGAGGUGGAGGUGGGGGAUGGGCAAUACUGGGCUGUGGGGGUGGCCAGAGAGUCUGUGAGGAGGAAGGGAGGCGUCAGCCUCAGCCCUGAGGGGGGGAUCUGGGCUGUUGGGUGGUGGCUGAGUCAGUUCCGGGCUCUCACCUCCCCUGUGACCCCCCUGCCCCGGCGCCGGGUCCCCAGCAGGAUCCGGGUUUGUCUGGACUGUGACCGGAGGCAGGUGACAUUUAUCGAUGCUGGUGACGAGGCCCUGAUCUUCACUUUCCCGCCGGGCUCCAUCCCUGGGGAGAGAAUCCGACCCUGGCUCUGGCUGGUGUGGGUGGGAUCCCGGCUCAGACUGUGUCCCUGAGACACACAGCAGAGGGGGUGUGAUGAUGCGGUUCUGGCGGAACCCAACUGAGGGUGCCAAUUCAGGACAAAUUGCUCAAACAGGG